GACGGAAUCGAACGCGGAAUAUGUAGCGUUCCGUCUGAUUCCGUCCAGCGCGCCUCCUCGCAUGCAAUCAGUUCUGCAGAGCGCCCCCUAGACGUGGAAAAUAAUCGUCCCAACCAGCCAAAGGUCAUCUCUGUAACCGAAGAAACGCCGCACUGAAACUUCAAGAGAUGCAGCUGUCGUGGACGGCGGCCAAGGAACCUCAGAUGGCACUUUAGGAGGUCCAGUGAAGAAACGUGAAGGCAGGAGCGUAGGCAAGUGUCACGAGUGCAACUUUUGCGGGCGGUGCUUUUGAAAGAAGUGCCUGGACAAUCACCAGAUCCUGCACAAAGGCGAGAAGCCAUACCUCUGCCCUGUAUGUGGCCGGAGUUUCGCCCGGCGGAACGGUUACCUUCACCACCAACGCAUCCACACACAGAAGAUGCCGUAUCCGUGUGAGUUGUGCUCGUCAAAAUUCCACAAGCAGGAAUCCUUGAACAGACACAAGCAGCUACAUGCGAGUGGUGCGGGCCUGUACCACUGCCACGAGUGCAACAAGGUGUUCGUUUCGAGGCAGGUGUUCAAGGCGCACCAGUGGAGGCACAAAGGAGAGAAGCCAUAUCCGUGCCGUCUCUGCCCAGCCACCUUUGUGUAUCGCAGAGGUCUAGACAGGCAUUCUCUGGUGCACAUGAGUGAAAAGUCAUAUAUCUGUUCUGUGUGCCAGAAAAACUUUGUGUGGAAGAAAAGCCUUAAAGUGCACAUGAAGCGUAGGCACAGCGGACCCACAGAAAGUGCAGCCAGCGUCAUCGGCGCGGCAGACCUUACAGUGCCAUGUAGUCUGCCAUCAAGGCUACGUCCUAUACUGCCUCAUGUUGACAAGGAAUUCUCAUGCCACCUGUGCCCAGCCAUCUUUGAUUGCAGCAGUGAUAUGGACAAGCAUGUGGUGGUGCACAUUGGUGAAAGGCCGCACAUCUGUCCUGUGUGCCGAAGAAGCUUCGCUUGGGAAAAUAACCUCGUGUUGCACAUGAGCCGAAGGCAUGGCGGAGCCAAUACAAUUAUGGCAACUGCAGACCACCAGGUCGAGACAACACUGCCGAACGACCUACCAUUCACGCUAGUUCCCGUUGCAUGUGCCGACGUCAAGGUGGAGCCAUGCAUCCCUACGACCACAUUGCCUCCAAUUAGUGCAAGUGUUGACAUCAAGGCAGAACCGAGUAGUCCUACAACCACACCUUCUCCUAGUAGGACAGACGUUGACAUCAAGGUGGAAACAUGCAGUCCUAUGACCACACCGCCUCCUGUUAUAACAAGCACUGACAUCAAGGCAGAACCAAGUAGCCCUACGACCACGCUGCCUUUCACCCUUACACUUGUUGACAUCAAAACUGAGCCUGAUCUCACUCCAUAAACUUCGAGCCUGGCUGGCCAUGUCUGCUACGCCAGCCAUCACUUCUCCUCAGUAAUAACCACACGAGGAUGAUCUUCGUUGUCUAAAGUGUUCAGUUAUUGCAUCUGUCUUGGAUAUCUGCCAUCAACUUUGAACGUGCUCUGGGAUGAACACUGUCUGUGAAAUUGUGCCUAUUUGUGUGAAGAUUGAUUCUUAAGAAGACUGACAGGGGACAGUCUUCGUGAAUAGGAUGCUUUUGGACAAAACCUGCACUAAAAAUGCGUGGAACAACCAUACAUUAAUAUUUAAUUACAAUAUUAUGCCCGGCAUCAAUACGAGCAAAUAAACAAUAAACUAUUGUCACCACAUUGCCCUUUUUAAGCAGAGUGCAAUGUAGGAUUGCACAGUUUCACAUCUUGAUUCUCACUAACCUAACUGAAUGUGUAAUGUCACCCACCAUAGUGCCCUAGUGGCUAAAGUGUUGCAACACAAAGUCCAAGGAUGCAGGUUCAAUCCCAACACCAGUGACCACAUUUUUAUGGCAGGAAAAUGCAAAAGUACCUUUAUACUUAGGUUAAGGCGUACAUAAAAAGAAAAAUUAAGGCAGCUUCGCGAUGGUGGUGCCAAGUCUGAACGAAGUGCAUAGCUGGGCGGGCUUCUCUGUUUAAGAGAGUGCGUGCCGGUCUAUGAUGAUGAUAAUUUCUGUUUGCACUACCCGGUGCAACGAAAAACUUAAACAGCUCCGCUGUUAAAAACUCAUUUGAUAAUUAUCCAGAGUCCUGUACUAUCAUGGGCGUUGGCAAGG